UCACCUGGUUUGGUUGUUGCGACGUGGAAAAGGAAGUAGACGCUGAAAUAUGAAAACAAGCUUUGGAUAAGCGCACCGUGAAAGCGAAGUCAUUAAUAGCAGCAAUGCCAUGAACCUCCUGUUUAGUUAUGCUGUAUAAUCAGAUUUGAUUCAUUUAUAGAUCAGAACAGAAAAUGUUUUUCUGACUGUAGUAUCGACAGCUUGCUACAGUAGCUCGGUGUUUGGGCCUGUUUGUCCAGCUAGCUUGUCAGCUGUAGCCUGACUGCUUACUAGCUACGUUAAAUGCUAAAGCUAAUGUCAGUAAGCUAGCUAGAUCCUCGGCAGCAACUGUCGCUGACUUUCUAUAGUUCAGAGGUCGAGGGAGAGCUCAUCGGUUUUUAAAUGUAUAGCAAUAUGAGUUGGUUUAACGCUGCGCACCUGUCUAGCUUUGCCAAGCAAGCUUUGACAACAGCUCAGAAAUCCAUCGAUAGAGUCUUGGACAUCAAAGAAGAGGAUCAGUGGGGAGAUGCCCUGGUACCGUCGUAUGACUUACCGAGGAAGACGUCCUUGAGUGAUGGCUGGGGGAACACUCCGUGGGAUUCUCCCCCUCAAGAGAGUGCGCCGACGGCUCCAUUGUCAACUGAGGCCAUCACGACACCUGUCACAAGGACCGUCAUAGAUGAGUCAGAGAAUUUCUUCAGUGCCUUUCUGCCCCCGGGAGAGCCGCAGAGUGUGACGCACACUCCGGUGGUGUCAGUGCCCCCCGCCAAAUCCCACCGGCUGCAGACCGAUGAACAGGAUGGGGCGGUGGUGGUCCAGGAGAGUUCCGUGCCAAAAAACUCAGCCUCUGUUGAGCCAGGAAAGGCUGAGGGGAGCGACCCUGUCUCGGUUGAGCCUGCGAAGCCGGCGGCCAUUGUCGACACCGCGCCCCUCAUAACAGAGCCUGAAAGUGUUGUGCUGGUGAGCGUUCCGGAAGAUGCCGAGCACCGAGUGGCCGACGAGAGCCAGGCGAAUUUAGACGGCGUGACCGCCUUUCCUCAGCCAACUGAGGCUGACCAGUCGCUUCCUCCCCCAAGCCAGGCAGAGUUUGCGGCCAGAACUGAGGGGGCGGGGCCUGUCGCGACUUUAGCUCCGGACAGCCCCUCGAAGCCCCAGCCCGCGCCCCCCAAGGACAUCCUGCUGGAGUCGAAAGACCCAAAAUCCGAGGACAGGCAGAGCAACACUCCCUCGCCUCCUGCCAGCACGUUCUCGUCCGGCACCUCCACUACCAGCGACAUCGAGGUGCUGGACCACGAGAGCGUGCUGAGCGAGAGCUCGGCCAGCUCCCGGCAGGAGACAGCCGAGUCCAAGGCCAGCCUGCAGCUGAUGCAGAGCUCCUUCCAGCUGCUGUCCUCCUCGGCCUGCGCCGACUUCCAGCGCCUGGACGACUACCAGAAGCUGACGGAGAGCUGCGGCUCCUCGGACGCCUUCGAGCGCAUCGACUCCUUCAGCAUGCAGUCGCUGGACAGCCGCAGCGUCAGCGAGAUCAACUCGGACGACGAGCUCCCCGGCCGGGCGUGCACGCUGGCCUCUGUCACCGCCGGGCCCACCACGCCCACCCCGCCCACGCUGGGCCAGGAGGAGGAAGAGGAGGCAGAGGAGGAGGAGGACAGGCUCACGGACACGGUCAAGGACCACUCGCUGGACGAUAACGAGAUGGAGGAGAGCGGGCGCAGUGCCACGCCAGUCAACUGUGAGCAGCCAGAGGAGCUGCUGGACACAGAAAGCCACCUCACGGAGCCCAGCCCAAUGAAUGAUGCCAGGAUACACUUGACUCCUCCAAUCACAGAGGACACCAGCGGAGUCUCCACCCCUAAGACACUAGAGCUUCAGAAGGUUAUCAGUGAACUGACUGAUCGGCUUGAAAAGAGAGAAUCGCAGCUGUUAGCUGCCAGCAAGGAAAAGGCCAGGCUGGAAGAACAGUGUGACAAUCUUAACGACGAGAUCAUAAGCUUGAAGGAAGAGAGCUCCACUGUGCAGUCGCUGAAAGAAGAGUUCACGCAACGGAUCGCGGAGGCCGAGCGUAAAGCACAACUGGCCUGCAAGGAGAGAGACAUUACCAAAAAGGAAAUAAAGGGGUUGAGAGAGGAUCUUUCUACAAGACUCAACUCUAAUGAGACCUUAGAGAUCAUCAGAGAGAAAGAAGAGCAGAUUAAAGGCCUGCUGGAAGAAGGGGAAAAGCUGUCCAAGCAACAGCUCCAGCACUCAAACAUCAUAAAGAAGCUAAGGGUGAAGGAGAAGGAGAAUGAGACCCUACUCACGAAGCAGAGCAAGAAGCUGAAGGAGCAGGAAGAGGAGCUGAAGCACUUACAGCAGGUUCUGGAUGGAAAGGAGGAGGUGGAGAGGCAGCACCGCGAAAACAUCAAGAAGCUGAACGGGGUGGUGGAGCGGCAGGAGAAGGAGGUGGGGAAACUCCAGAGCGACAUGGAGGAGCUCCAGGAGAAGAACCGCAGUCUGCAGUCCGCCCUGGACAACUCCUAUCGGGAGCUGGCGGAGCUGCACAAGGCCAACGCCACCAAGGUGAGCGAGGCCCAGGAGCUCGCGCUCAGCCGGGAGAUUCUGGCCAAGGAGCAGGUCACCAUGGCCCUGGAGAAGGCCCAGGAGGAGGCCCGCCUCCAGCAGGAGGCGCUGGCCAAUCAGGUGGCAGACCUGAGGCUGGCCCUGCAGAGGGCUGAGCAGCAGCAGGCCCGUAAGGAGGACUACCUGCGCGAGGAGAUCGGCGAGCUGCAGCAGAGACUGCAGGGGGCGGAGACGCGUAAUCAGGAGCUGAGUCAGAGCGUUACCUCGGCAACGCGGCCCUUGCUCAGACAGAUCGAGAACCUGCAGGCCACCCUGGCGGGCCAGACGGCAUCCUGGGAGAAACUGGAGAAAAGCAUCUCGGACAGGCUCGUGGAUGCCCAGGCUCAGCUCGCGGUUGCCGUGGAGAAGGAGCGCUCAGCGGCUGAGGAACUCCUAGCCAUCAAGGCCCAGCUGGCGUCCUUGGAGUCCCAGAAUUCCCUCCUGCGGCAGGAGAAGGGCCGUCUCCAGGGGCAGCUAGACGCUGAAAAGACAAGGCGGGAAAAGCUGGAAGAUGAUGGCAGCAGGGAACAUGUCGAGCUGGAGAACUUGCGUGGAGAGCACAGUCGAGCUUUGGAGGAGGCUCGAAAGGAGAAGCUGCUUUUGACCAAUCAGCUGGAGAUGGAGAGAAUGAAGGUAGAACAAGAAAAGAAGAAAUACUAUCUGGCACAGGAGGCCCUGAAAGAAAAGGAGAGGAAAGCCUUAGCACACUCUGUGUCAGAGCCCCCUGCUUCCUCCACCCCCUCUCUGUCUCGGUCCAGCUCUGUCAGCGGGGACAUGGCUGGUCUGCAGUCCUCUCUGCUGUCACAGCAGGAGGACUGUCUGGACCACUCGUUUGGCAUGACCAUGUCCGUGAGCGGGAGCAAUCUGUACGAGAUGGCUCGCCUGUCGGGCGGCUCCACCGUCAUCGAGAACCUCCAGUCCCAGCUGAAACUCCGAGAGGGGGAGAUCGCCCAUCUACAGAUUGAGAUCUCCAGUCUGGAAAAGACGCGCUCUAUCAUGGCGGAGGAGCUGGUGAAGCUGACCAGUCAGAAUGAUGAGAUGGAGGAGAAAGUGGCGGAGAUCCCCAAACUACGAGUGCAGCUCAAGGAGCUGGAGCAGAGACACAACACCAUCCUGCAAAUGUACGGAGAGAAGGCGGAGGAGGCGGAGGAGCUGAGACUGGACCUGGAGGAUGUGAAGAACAUGUACAAAACCCAAAUCGAUGAACUUCUGAAAAACCAGAAGUGAAUUCAAGCAGUUCUGAGCUUGCUUUCCAGCUUUCCAAAAGAGAAAUCGUAAUAAAGAGCUCCCUGUUGCACAUGCUGUGAGAGGGUGAUUGACAUUCUUAAUCCAUCUUUGACAGAGGGGUGUUCUUUCCUCACCAGUUUCGUUACUUCCAUCCAAAAAUCUGUUUUACUUACAAUUUCAAGUUUUAUUUUGUUUUUUUUAAAUUUUUUUAUUUUGUCCUAAAACAGUUUUAACUUACUAUUCGAUUGAGUAUGAGGGGAAAGAGCACUGUUACAGAAGGAAAAUCUCAGUACAGAGUACAGUUUUAGAGUGAUCUAUGAAGGGCAAAUAUUUUAGUUUUGGACCUUUAGACACCGUGUUUUUAGUUUCAUUAGGUUCAGUUGAAGGCAUACUAUCAUUUUAUACUGAACAUUUGACAUGUUUAAUCAAGUUUGAGGUGUUGGUUUAAUUGACUUGAAUUUACUUUAUUUUAUUUUAUUUUAUUUUAUUUUAUUUUAUUUUAUUUUAUUUUAUUUUAUUUUAUUUUAUUUUAUUUUAUUUUAUUUUAUUUUAUUUUAUUUUAUUUUAUUUUAUUUUUUCAGAUCACUACUCAUUUGCUUAAAUGUAAAACCUGAGAUUUUUCACAUUCUAGUCUUACUUGGGUUAUUAUUGAAGGCAUGGGACCAGGCAUGUGGCUGUGUUUUAUGAAUCUUCCAUGGUUUGCAGAGCAAGUAACCCAGACGUGAGAGGCAAACAUUUUGGGAUGUCAACUGUUUUGUGUCCUUAAAGAAUUAUUUUUACUUCCAAGGUGACACUUCCAAAAUAUAUUUACAUUGAUUUAGCCGUGAAUUCAGUAUACUAUUAGGAGGGUGUAAUUAUAUUUCUGGAAGCAAAACUCAUAUCAAACAUUAACAUAUAAGAUAUGACAAUAUGUAUCUUUCUGCUGUUUAUGAAUGCAUUUGAUUACACUGAUGCAUCUGUGUUUUAUAUUUAUGUGAAAUUAAAUCUUGUAGCACACUGUAGCAGAUUAUUCUAAGAAGCAGAAUGAAAAAUAUAGCACAUGUGGGGUUUGUCCUAUUUACCUGUUGUAAAUUAAUGUAAAUACAAAUUUAUGAGAAUAAAGGGUUUAGGAAAAUAAAAUCUCAAUUACAUAUGCUA